AAAUAUCGGCCGCUGCUCAAGGAACAUUUGAAAGUAACCACGGCCAUUGCAGACCCAAAUGCCAGAGGGCAAAGGAACGACACUCUGGCUUGGUUUUGGUCACUUGAUGUUCAAGGGGAUUCUACCAGCAGCGAUUGGAUGAAUGAAUUUUACAGGGUUCACUGGCUUCGAGCGAAAGCCCUAUGA